GAACAUUCACUUGUAUAAUUCAGUUUAGUGAUAUUCACUGAUCAAAUUUUGUUUAAUAUUUUUCCAUACAGGAAUGAUCUGGGAAAAGUGAAUAAAACUCCGAAACAGUUUUUUGAUCUACCCAUGGAAAAAAAGAAGAAGUACGACAUCAAUCAAGAAUGCUUUGGCUACAUCGGGAUCGGAGUAGAGAAGAUAAAGAAUACUUGAUGAAAUGUCAUUCUCGAAUGAACGAUGCAAGGAAUUUAACGACGCUCAGAACACAUUACUAUUCGCACACACCCGAUAAGUGUUCGUUCAAACCAGGUCAAGUUCGUCCUGGUGAACAUACUGAUUUUGGAUCUUUUACUAUUUUGUUUCAAGAUAAGGUGGGCGGACUGCAGGUGAAAGCCAGCAAUGGAGAAUACGUGGAUGCCACAUCUUUUACUAUUUUGUUUCAAGAUAAGGUGGGCGGACUGCAGGUGAAAGCCAGCAAUGGAGAAUACGUGGAUGCCACUCCUAUACCGGGAACAGCAUUAGUAAACAUAGGAGAUGCAUUGCAGUUUUGUACGCAAGGAAGACUCAAAUCAACGGAACACAGAACACUGAAAACAAUGACAUUUUCUCGCCCAGAAAAGCUUCACAAGUCACCGAUGAACCCGUUACUGUUCUUCAGUAUUUGAAAAAGCAAUACAAAAGCAUUAACUUACAAAGGCUGAAUGAUCACAGUGAAUAACAAUGCGAACACUUUCAGAUAAAAUGUUAAGGAAUCAAAAUUUGUUUUAUCAUUACGAUCAGCUUGAAAUUAAUUGUUCUGUUGCAACAAGAAAGAUUAUAUUUACAGUAUAUAUAUAUUUAUAUAUCGUUUCCGUCUCUAUUUUCUUCCUCAGAGCAGCAGUUUUUUCUUUUGAUUUGAGCAACUGACGAAUCAACCAUAGCAAAUAAAUCUUAUGUCAACGUUGCAAGUACUUAAUUUUAUACCAAUUAUUUAUAGUCAAUCACAAGAAUAGAAUCUUUUUACAACCCAGUUUGAAAUUGGCCCACAUUUGUUUCAUUGUCCUAAGUUAGGAUAGAUAGAAAGCAUGGUGGUGCAUGACAUUUUUGAGACACCUAAAUGACUCAAAACAAUACUACAAAAGCAAACUAAAUUUUACUCGUACGUUUUUACAGGAGUGUGGUUGAAAGAUUAUGUGCCAAAAAGCCCACAAUUAUUUAGAAAUCUAGAUGGCAAUAAAACGUUACUUCAAAUAAUCAUUCAUUACACUUACUUGUAUUACAAAUGUCUCUUGUGUGUAUCUGAAUGGAUAGCACAUUGUCUCACUCGCAACGAACGUUGCCGGAAUGAGCUAGAAAACUAAGUCAAAUAAACUUAAU